AUGUCACUCAACCACAGCGCUUACCCUCAUCUUCUCGACGCAAUAUUCGCGGCCUCAGACCAUCGCGCAUUACUUGCACUGCGAUCUGCAUCCCGCGUCUUCCGCGACCGGGCCGACAGCAUCCUCUUCAAGCACGUCAGCGUCCACGUCGCUGACGACACGGUCUACCUCCGCGUCCCUUCUGGAUCAUUCUCUGCCCCGACUCUCAUCAACCUUCCCUCCCUCCCCUUUCCUGCCCUAGCUUCCAAGAGGGCUCAAUCAUCUCUAGCCGCCCAGUUGACGCACACUCGUACGCUGGACCUCCACGCCCCAUUGCCCGUCGAAUACUGCGCUUGGAUCCGUCAGUACCAGACAGUGCGACGCUCCCAACUCUCCGAUGGAACGGUCCUCCCAUCUCACACCUACGUCGAGUACCUUGACCUCUCCUCCGCUCCUCGUGGUUUAGCAGGCGAGUGGAUGCUGGACAUUCCAGCUGGGUUGCGCCGAAGCGUCAUCCACCUCUCGUGGCAACGCAGCUCCUGCUCGGCAGUGCGCAGGAUGGUCCAGAUGCAGCCUUGCAUCCCGCGCCAUGUUGACGUUGUGAUCCUCCUUGAGCCAUACGGUGAGGUUGGUGACAAGGCCCUCAACGUCCUCAAGGAAGCGAUGCGAGUCGCUCGUCGUGUCGCCUCCAAGUGUGUCGCAUCCAAGUGUGUCGUGUCGAUUGUGGGACUUGAACGUCUCUCGCCCACUGAGCUCGGCCUGUCUGAAGGGCAGGAUGUGAGUUUGAGCGAGAUAUGUACCGAGGCAGGCCGCGAACUUCUCAAGCGAGGGGCGCGACUCGAGGGGGUCAAGUUGCUGAGCUGGGAGGAGUGGAGGGCAACGGAGGAGACCGUCCUACACUGA